ACACCUGGGAGGAUGCAGAGAAGGACUGCAGAGAGCACAGCGCUCACCUCAGCAGUGUGACCUCCACUACUGAGCAGGAGUUUAUCAACGGAAUGGGCCAUGACAACGCCUGGAUCGGCCUGAAUGACCGCACUGUGGAAGAGGACUUCCAGUGGACCGACUCCAACGACCUGGUGUUUGAGAACUGGAGGGAGAGCCAGCCUGACAACUUCUUUGCGGGCGGGGAGGACUGCGUGGUGACCAUCGCCCACGAGGACGGACGCUGGAACGACGUCCCCUGCAACUACAACCUGCCCUACAUCUGCAAGAAGGGCUCAGUGCUGUGUGCAACCCCACCCUCCGUGGAUAACGCCCACCUGAUUGGUCGGCGACGCUCCCACUAUGACAUCCACGCCGUGGUGCGUUACCAGUGCUCCGAGGGAUUCUACCAGCGACAUGUUCCCACCGCCCGCUGCCGUGCCGACGGGACCUGGGACAGGCCCAAGAUCAUCUGUACCAAGUCUCGCCGUUCCCACCGGUACCGCCGCCACCACCACGGCCAGCGCCGCGAGCGCAGGAACCACCGGAGACACGGGGGAGAGGACGAACACCGCGACUACUGAACCAAAAACUACAACUCCCACAAUGCCCUGGGGCGUCUCAGUCCCGACCUCUGACCCCUGACCCCUCAAACCUGGGGAUCAGGGGCUCCGAACUUCCCCCUCAUGUCUGCACAUUCUGAGCAUCGAUUUUAGGUAUGUUCUCUUAAAGAUACAGCUGGCCUUCUGGCACAUAAACAUUUACGUACCGUCCCCGUUUGCCCUGGAGUUAUGAAACGAAAGGUAGACUCAGCAGAGUCGAAUCACUUCCUGAAACGAAAGGUAGACUCAGCAGAGUCGAAUCUCUUCCUGAAACGAAAGGUAGACUCAGCAGAGUCGAAUCACUUCCUGAAACGAAAGGCAGACUCAGCAGAGUCGAACCACUUACUGAAACGAAAGGUAGACUCAGCAGAGUCUAAUCACUUCCUGAAACGAAAGGUAGACUCAGUAGAGUCGAAUCACUUCCUGAAACGAAAGGUAGACUCAGCAGAAGCGAAUUACUUCCUGAAACGAAAGGUAGACUUCAGCAGAGUCGAAUCACUUCCUGAAACGAAAGGUAGACUCAGCAGAGUCGAAUCACUUCCUGAAUCGAGAGAAGCUCUCUGACACAAUCACAGUAUUAAAAUCAAAUCUAACUUUAUUUGUAUAUCCCUUUUUAGAAGCAAAGUCACAG